GAUAAACAAUGGCCCGUCCGCACGGCCCAGCAAUAGAAAUACGCACAUACACGGCCCACUAUGACCUGCUCCAAGCCUAUCCACAAAGAGAAAGACAAGGAGAAACGAGAAGGCUCUCUAGUCCAAACUCUAACAAAGCCCAAAAGAGGAGAGGAAGACGACGACGACGCGGCACCAUGGCGACGGCACAGGCAGCCUCGGCGUCCCCCACCCACCACCGCGCGUCCCCGGGGACGUCGCCCCCGCAGCCGCCGUACCCCAGCGCCGCCAGGAUCGCGGACUCCGCCUGCUUCCCCCAGUACACCGCUUCCCUCAAGUGUUUGGAGGCCAACCAGGACAAGAGCAAGUGCCAGCAGCAGUUCGACGAUUACAAGGAGUGCAAGAAGAAAGAGAGGGAGGCUCGGCUUGAACGGAAUAAAGGCCGAUCACUCUUUGGGUGAACAAUGGCAUACCCCCUGAGCAAUUUGCUGGUGAUGUGCAAUAAGUUGUUUCGUGAUGCCAGUGAAAUCACAGCUCCUUUGGUUUCGUGAUGAUCCUUUGUAACUUGUGCGAGGUAGGAAAUAGGAGACCAGUCUCUAGGUUGAGGGAGAUGUAAGGUCUGAGAACAGCUCAUUAGCUCAAUGGCUUUGGCGAGUGAAUCAGAUGAGCAAGGAUGUUUUUUGAGGUUCACCAGGUGUCAUGACACGAGGAUUUGUUAAAUAAAAUUGUAUUUCCAGAACC